GCCACCUUGAAAAAAGGACACGGAAGGUCCAAAACGGCAACGCGAGCUAUGAUUCUCCAGCCAAUCCCCGCCACCCUCGCCGGCGCCGCCACUCGCCGGAGCUCCGGCGAAGCCCCCUUCGCCCCUCGCCUCCCCCGCCGCGUCCUCGCUCCAAUCCGCGCCGACUCACCCCCGAUCUCCAUCUCGUCGUCCGCCUCCUCGGCCGCCCCCUCGCGGCCGCCCAAGCCGCCCGUCUGCACCGCCGACGAGCUCCACUACGCUCCCGUCGGCGGCGCCGGGUGGCGCCUCGCGCUCUGGCGGUACAGGCCUCCCCGCAAUGCUCCUGUCAGGAAUCACCCGUUGAUGCUGCUGUCCGGGGUCGGCACGAACGCCAUCGGAUUCGAUCUCUCCCCUGGGGCUUCAUUUGCCCGUCACAUGUCUAGUCAAGGAUUUGAUACAUGGAUAGUUGAAGUAAGAGGUGCUGGUCUGAGUAUACGUGAAUAUGAAAAUUCUGCUGCAUCUGGCUCGGUCACUUUUCAGGAUGCCUCUGGUAGUAUUCAGCCUCUUGAUAAACAGGGUGCAUUUGAGGCUGCUUCCCUUCAGAGUUCUAGUGGCUAUGCUAGUGAUUGUGAUGACCUUGGAAUAGUUGCUUUGGAUGAACCACCUUUACUCGCAGAGCUUUCAAAUUUUUUUGAUCGAAUCUCGAAGCUUAUGGAAGAAGCUGCUACAAAUGGAAAUUUCCACGAGAUCACAGAAAAAGUUUCUGUUCUCUCAGAAAUGGUAGAGAGCUCUACCAUUAUUGGUCCAGUGAGAGAAGAAAGUCUACGUCUUUUGAAGAAUUUUCAGGACCAGUUGGAUUCAUGGGAGCGCUUUGUAUCAACACAGAUGGAUCUAACUUCUGAAUAUAAUUGGGACUUCGACCAUUACCUGGAGGAGGAUAUACCUGCUGCGGUGGAAUACAUUAGACAACACAGCAAAACAAAAGAUGGGAAGUUGCUUGCAAUUGGACAUUCAAUGGGCGGAAUUUUACUAUAUGCAAUGCUUUCGAGAUCUGGUUUUGAAGGAGUUCCGUCAAAUUUAGCUGCAAUUGUUACUUUGGCUUCUUCUGUUGACUAUACAACAUCCAAUUCAUCGCUGAAGCUGUUACUGCCUCUUGCUCAUCCUGCACAGGCUCUUAAUGUUCCUGCGGUCCCAUUGGGUACAUUGUUGGCAGCAGCAUAUCCGUGGGCGUCUGGUCCACCAUAUCUUUUUUCCUGGCUUAAUCCUCAAAUAUCAGCUCAGGACAUGAUGCACCCAGAGCUGUUGUCUAAGCUUGUUUUCAACAACUUUUGUACAGUGCCUGCAAAGGUUGUACUGCAACUCACGACUGCUUUUAGGGAAGGUGGACUAUGCAAUCGAAAUGGAACCUUCUCGUACAAGGAUCAUUUGCGAGAGUGCCAGACCCCUGUCCUGGCAUUGGCUGGAGAUAAAGACCUCAUCUGCCCUCCAGAAGCUGUUUACGAAACUGCAAAACUCAUUCCGAAGCACAAGGUGAAGUAUAGGGUGUUUGGAAAGCCACAGGGCCCACAUUAUGCACAUUAUGAUUUGGUCGGAGGUCGACUGGCGAUCGAUGAAGUCUACCCAUGCAUCAUAGAAUUCCUCUCUCGCCAUGACUAGUCGUUGAUUUGGUUAUAUUAUGCUAACACUGAGUAACAUACGAGUAUACGACAACAUGUUCAUCUCAGAAGAUUUUUAAGUUGGGCUGAACAAUCUUUUCCAUCGCCGCCUCAAUGAAUGACCAGAAAAAUAGGUAAAUGUCCGCGAUCAUAUGAUGUAUCACUGUAAACAUGCUACUGUAUAUCAGUUAGUACUUCUCACUUCCUUUUUGAGGAGAAGUUAGUGCUAAUCUUGUUGUGAAGAAAAGGUAGAAAAUAUACUGUAGGUUACAUGUACUCCGAACAAGAAGCUGUAGCUUAGGUCGCAGAAACUGUACCAUACAGGGCUUCUGACGAUGUAACCUUUUGUCUGUGUCAGGUGGAUACCCUUGUUGACAUGUAAGUGUAAACAAAAAAAUGUACAUUUAUGUUGUAUCAUUUGGGAAUUAAAUAUUUAAGUAACGACCUUGUGCCUUGAA